CCACCAACCGCCACUACCACCGCUGUCGCCACAUAUCUCGACCCGAUUCGAUACAGCCGAGCAUACCCUUCGACCAGCGCAUCCUCCAAUCUUUAACGAAGAACUCCCCAAUCUACCGCCGUCAUGUCUGGAAGCGCGGGAUACGACCGACACAUUACCAUUUUCAGUGACCAGGGCCGUCUCUACCAAGUCGAAUACGCAUUCAAGGCCAUCACCGCAGCCAACAUCACAUCCGUCGGCGUACGAGGAAAGGACUGUGCCGUCGUCAUCUCGCAGAAGAAGGUGCCGGACAAGCUCAUCGAUCCCGCAUCCGUGUCACAUGUCUACAAGCUGUCGCCGUCAGUCGGAUGUGUCAUGACUGGCUCAAUAGCAGAUGCGCGCGCUUCGGUGAACCGUGCAAGAGGCGAGGCGGCAGAGUUUCGAUACAAGAAUGGCUACGAGAUGCCCUGUGACGUGCUGGCGAAGCGCAUCGCCAAUAUAUCGCAAGUCUACACACAGCGCGCAUACAUGAGACCGCUGGGUGUCGCAAUGACACUCAUCUCCGUCGACGAGGAGUUCGGUCCCCAGCUGUACAAGUGCGAUCCUGCUGGAUACUAUGUUGGGUACAAGGCGACUGCCUCCGGGCCCAAAGCUCAAGAAGCGCUAAAUUUCCUCGAGAAGAAGCUGAAGAACAAGGAACAUGCCGAGGGCAGCUGGGAUGAAGUCGUAGAGCUUGCCAUAUCCACGCUAAGCACUGUGCUCAGUGUUGACUUCAAGAAGGGCGAGCUGGAAAUUGGUAUUGUUGGAGGUCCAAGAAAAGACGGCAAGGAGGGCACCGAGAAGGCAUUCCGUCCACUCACAGAGGAAGAGAUUGAUGAACGCCUGCAGGCCAUAGCGGAGAAGGACUAGGCUAUGGGGCAUCUCAGCUCUAUUCCUGACACUAUACAGUGCUACGAUCAAGAUAUCACCGGAGGCGGUUGUAAAGUUCGAAUAUCAUUCGCCAGACCUCACGUCUUGCCAAAGUCGGCACGCUGCGUGGCUGUGGCAUGCGCACACGAGCUUCGGUACAGCUUUGCAAGGUUCAUUGCUUAGGCAGAAGCAAUUGCACUUGAGGCGCUGUACUAUAUCGACUUCACAUGCAAUGAACCUCAUGAAACCAUACAAACCGGCAAGCCACCAUGAGAUUGACUCUCUCGAAAUUAAAAGUCCGGCAGGACAACCCAAACCAUAUGUGCGCGCUGAGUAUAGAUGUCGCAUUGCCUUCAUAUAAGAUCCUACCGCCGUUCUACGGUAGGGCUCUUCCC